UGUUCCAGUCUGAACCCAUCACCCCUUGUCCUAUCACUGCAGUCCCUAAUGAAGAGUCCAUCCCCAGCAUCCUUGCAGCCCCCUUCAGACACUGGAAGCUGCUCUGAGGUCUCCACGCAGCUUCUCUUCUCCAGGCUCAACAGCCCCAAUGUCCUCAGCCUGUCAACCCCUUCCAGCUUUCACCUGUGUGCUGAGCUCAGCAGGCUCAGGGCAGCCCCAUUCUCCCAAAGCUUUAGGACCAUGCGUGCCCUGGCCACUUCUUCUUGGGGUUUCAACAGCUCCUCACCCUUUUGGCUUGGCUUGGUGGGGAAGCUGCUGAGCAUCCGGGUGAUACCGGUGCCUGGCUCUCAUCCUGUUGCUUCCUCAUCUCUUGCAGAGCCACAUUCCCCCUCUGGCCUGCGGGCACCCCUCAAGUCCUGCCAGUACAACGGGACAAGCUACCAGCAAGGGGAGAUGUUCACCACCAGUGAGCUGUUCCCCAGCCGCCAGCCGAACCAGUGUGUGCAGUGCAGCUGCUCUGAAGGCCAGAUCUACUGCGGCUUGGUGACCUGCCCGGAGCUCUUGUGUUCCUCUCCCCUCACCGUGCCGGAUUCCUGCUGCCAGGUCUGCAAAGAUGGCUCACAGGAGAAGUCCAUGGAAGAGGAGCCCCUGCAGUUAAACAGAGGUGUUAGGCACUCACAGGACCAGUGCCUGGGGGAAGCCAUGGGCAGGAAGCCUCCCGGAGCCACUGUGGCCACUGCCCUCAGCUCUUCCCUGGAGUUCGUGCCCAGGAGCUUCAAACCCAAGGGAGGAGGUGGCACCACCGUGAAGAUCGUCUUGAAAGAGAAGCACAAGAAAGCCUGUGUGUACAACGGGAAGACCUAUUCCCAUGGGGAAGUGUGGCAUCCCGUCUUCCGGCUCUACGGCCUCCUGCCCUGCAUCCUUUGCACUUGCAGGGAUGGCGUCCAGGACUGCCAGAAGAUCACCUGCCCCAAGGAGUACCCGUGUGAGCAUCCAGAGAAAGUAGAUGGGAAAUGCUGUAAAAUAUGUCCAGAAACCAAGGUCAAACCCACUGACGAAGCAGCCACCACGCGCUGUGGCAAGAACCCCAACCGCGUCCUGGUGUACAUGUUCGUGCCACCGAGCUCCGGGUCCUCCAAGGAGAUCCUCAGGACGAUGGCAGUGGAGAAGGAGCCUGCAGAAGAGGUGGAAAUCUACAACUGGAAGCUGAUUAAAGGGAUCUUCCAUCUGAUCCAGACCAAGAAGAUCAGCAAGCAGGAAUUCAAGCAGGAAGCACACAACUUCAGACUCAUCACCAGGACGAACGAAGGUCACUGGAACAUCUUCCGAGCCCAGACAUCAGAGCUGCGGAUGACAGAGAGCCCAGAGAAAGACACAAAGAACUUGUAAUGAGAGCAAACUCGAACCUAGCUCUUGAUUUAUGUACACACCCCAUACACACAUACACCUAUAUAGGAAGUACAAAGCCUCAUUACUCAAUAGACUGGCACAGCAGUAAAGGAUGCACUAGUGUAAACUACAGAGCCUCCAGCAACGGAGCCCAACUGAACCACGUGGAACCACAGCCGUGGAGGUGCCUCUCUCCAAUGGGAGAGCACAAGAGGUUGGCCAUCACCUCCUGCGACAAAGAGGUUG